AGUCCAGGCUCAGCGCGCGGCGGAGCUGCGGCUGCUCCUGCUUCUAGGAGGAGCGGCGGUGGUGGUCGCCUUGCGCCUCCCCGGACUUCCCAAGUGGGGGCAGAGCAGCCGCUCGCGGGAGACACCAGUUAGAAGGCACAGGGAAAGAGGAACCUUCAAACUCCUCCAAGGCGUCCCCUCUCCAUCUCUUUUGGCCCCUGCCUUUGGAGAAAGUGGAGUGCGGCUCUUGGUUAUCGUUAUUUCUUGUGACUGCUUCGCAGUGCACGGAUUCAGCAGCUGCCCAGUGGGCUUUCCGCUGUUUGCGCGUGUCUUCGUGUUGCUCCCCCCGGCACACCUCUGUCGACGAUGAGGAAAGGUCUGCGGGCAACAGCGGCCCGCUGCGGACUGGGACUGGGAUACGUGCUGCAAAUGCUCGUGUUACCUGCACUGGCCCUGCUCAGCGCCAGCGGCACCGGCUCGGCCGCUCAAGACGAUGACUUUUUUCAUGAACUCCCAGAAACCUUUCCAUCUGAUCCACCUGAGCCUCUGCCACAUUUCCUUAUUGAACCUGAAGAAGCUUACAUUGUGAAGAAUAAGCCUGUGAACCUAUAUUGUAAAGCCAGCCCCGCCACCCAGAUCUACUUCAAGUGCAAUAGUGAAUGGGUUCAUCAGAAGGACCACAUAGUAGAUGAGAGAGUAGAUGAAACCUCUGGUCUCAUUGUCCGGGAAGUAAGCAUUGAGAUUUCACGCCAGCAAGUGGAAGAACUCUUUGGGCCUGAAGAUUACUGGUGCCAGUGUGUGGCAUGGAGCUCAGCAGGCACCACGAAGAGCCGGAAGGCCUAUGUUCGCAUUGCCUAUCUUCGGAAGACAUUUGAGCAGGAGCCGCUGGGAAAAGAAGUGUCCUUGGAACAGGAAGUCUUGCUCCAGUGUAGGCCACCUGAAGGCAUCCCAGUGGCUGAGGUGGAAUGGCUGAAAAAUGAAGACAUAAUUGAUCCAGUUGAAGAUCGGAAUUUCUAUAUUACUAUUGAUCACAACCUCAUCAUAAAGCAGGCUCGCCUCUCAGAUACUGCAAAUUAUACCUGUGUCGCCAAAAACAUUGUUGCCAAGAGGAAAAGCACAACUGCAACUGUCAUAGUCUAUGUAAAUGGUGGCUGGUCCACCUGGACAGAGUGGUCAGUAUGCAAUAGCCGCUGUGGACGAGGGUAUCAGAAACGUACAAGGACCUGUACAAACCCAGCACCACUCAAUGGUGGUGCCUUCUGUGAAGGGCAGAGUGUACAGAAAAUAGCUUGCACCACAUUAUGCCCAGUGGAUGGCAGGUGGACCUCAUGGAGCAAGUGGUCAACUUGUGGCACCGAGUGCACACACUGGCGCAGGAGGGAGUGCACAGCACCAGCUCCCAAGAAUGGAGGCAAGGACUGUGACGGCCUCGUAUUGCAAUCCAAGAACUGCACUGAUGGGCUUUGCAUGCAGACUGCUCCUGAUUCAGACGAUGUCGCUCUCUAUGUUGGCAUUGUAAUAGCAGUGAUUGUUUGCCUGGCGAUUUCUGCAGUUGUGGCCCUAUUUGUGUAUCGAAAGAAUCAUCGUGACUUUGAGUCUGAUAUUAUUGACUCUUCGGCACUCAAUGGAGGCUUCCAGCCUGUAAACAUCAAGGCAGCAAGGCAAGAUCUCCUGGCAGUGCCCCCAGACCUCACUUCAGCUGCAGCCAUGUAUAGAGGACCUGUUUAUGCUUUGCAUGAUGUCUCCGACAAAAUCCCAAUGACCAACUCUCCAAUUCUGGACCCACUGCCUAACUUGAAAAUCAAAGUGUACAACACCUCAGGGGCUGUCACCCCCCAGGAUGACUUGUCUGAGUUUACAUCCAAGCUGUCCCCUCAGAUGACCCAAUCCUUGUUGGAGAAUGAAGCCCUCAACCUGAAGAAUCAGAGUCUAGCACGUCAGACUGAUCCAUCCUGUACUGCAUUUGGCACCUUCAAUUCCCUGGGGGGUCACCUUAUCGUUCCCAAUUCAGGAGUAAGCUUGCUGAUUCCUGCUGGGGCCAUUCCCCAAGGGAGAGUCUAUGAAAUGUAUGUGACAGUACACAGAAAAGAAAAUAUGAGGCCACCCAUGGAGGACUGUCAGACACUCUUGACCCCUGUGGUGAGCUGUGGGCCCCCAGGAGCCCUACUGACACGUCCCGUCAUUCUCACCAUGCAUCAUUGUGCUGAUCCCAAUACAGAGGACUGGAAGAUCCAGCUCAAGAACCAGGCAGCACAGGGACAGUGGGAGGAUGUGGUGGUGGUCGGAGAGGAAAACUUCACUACCCCCUGCUACAUUCAGCUGGACUCGGAAGCCUGUCACAUCCUCACUGAGAACCUCAGUACAUACGCUCUGGUCGGGCAGUCUACCACCAAAGCGGCAGCGAAGCGCCUGAAGCUCGCCAUCUUUGGGCCGCUCUGCUGCUCCUCUCUGGAGUACACUGUUCGAGUCUACUGUUUGGAUGACACCCAGGAUGCCCUGAAGGAAGUUUUACAGCUUGAAAGACAGAUGGGAGGACAGCUCCUAGAAGAACCGAAGGCUCUACAUUUUAAAGGCAGCACCCACAACCUGCGCCUGUCAAUUCACGACAUUGCCCAUUCCCUCUGGAAGAGCAAAUUGCUGGCUAAAUAUCAGGAAAUUCCUUUUUACCAUAUCUGGAGUGGGUCUCAAAGAAACCUCCAUUGCACCUUCACUCUGGAAAGAUUUAGCCUGAACACAGUGGAGCUGGUUUGCAAGCUCUGUGUGCGGCAGGUAGAAGGAGAAGGACAGAUUUUCCAGCUGAACUGUACUGUGUCAGAGGAACCUACUGGCAUUGAUUUGCCUCUGCUGGAUCCAGCGAGCACCAUCACCACCAUCACAGGCCCUAGUGCUUUCAGUAUCCCUCUCCCCAUCAGGCAGAAGCUCUGUAGCAGCCUGGAUGCCCCACAGACCAGAGGGCAUGACUGGAGGAUGCUGGCCCAUAAGCUGAACCUGGACAGGUACUUGAACUACUUUGCCACCAAAUCGAGCCCCACUGGUGUGAUCCUGGAUCUUUGGGAAGCACAGAACUUCCCAGAUGGAAACCUAAGCAUGCUGGCAGCUGUCUUGGAAGAAAUGGGAAGACAUGAAACAGUAGUGUCUUUAGCAGCAGAAGGACAGUAUUGACCCAUGCUAGAACUGGAAAUGAAGGACGAAAACACAGAGUCUGUGGUCAUCCAGGGGAUCACAGCUGAGGAGGAAAUCCAGACUAGACCAAUGAGCUUCACAGGCAAGAUUGCAGCGAGAAAAAGAAGGAAAACAAAUACAACUACCAAUAUACAAUGCCCACUUACUCGGACAUCAUCAUAGGAGUUGAAAAAAAUUGUGUAAAUUUGUACCUUGAAUUUAGAAAUCAACCUAAUUUUCCUCGUAGUUGGGCUGUAUGCUGUGUGGUACAGGAUCUUACAGUUUCCUAGGAAACGCUUUUUAUUGCUAUCCAGAUAUAUGGAUGAACUUUCUUAACAAACCCAAUUUCUACAAAUGUUGUUUACAUCAAAUUGGACAGGGAUACAGACACUGUCCAUGGCUCGUUCUAUUUUUGUUCAAAUCAUUUGAAGUUGAAGCUGUGGACGGUUUGUUGUGUCUAUUUCACAUUAGUAAUUUACAGAAAAAUCACAGACUUUUGCUACAAAACUCGCGCAUCAAGUGUCUCAGAUAAUCCUCCCAUGAGUGUCCUGUUUCUAGAAGUUGUAGAACCAGUGUUACCGUUUGUACCAGGGAAGUGGAGAAUCUACGUAUAAAGGAGAAAUAACUAAGAUUCCUUAUUCCUUGGUGGGGACCCAGCUGGUGCCCUUUGAGGAAUAAAGUUGUAGCAUAGCAGGGAAGACAGUGAUUCAUUCUCAACCACACAAGCAAGCAUUUCUUCACAACGUGUGUGUUUGUAAUAUGCAAUUUGAAGUGAUUUUUUAAAAAG